GGCUCUUCCGUGUGGACGUUGGGUCGAGACUCGAGAGAACCCCCUUUUGCGAUCCAUUCCCUGUUUCGGAUUCGGGUCCAUUAAAAGCGCUUUUGUAGAUGUUCCUCGACCGGUCAGUUACGCUUCUUCGAUUCAUCGUCGAUCGAUCGUUCCCCUGUUUGCUCGUCUGCUAGGGUUUUGGUUAAUCCUCCGCCAAGAAUCUUCUGAUCUUUUUGCAUGGUUUGGGUUACUACAAUGACUCAGAUUAUGUGCGCACGUAGCAGGAUUAAUAUAAGCACCUUUGAGUUCGGCUGAGGUUGAGUCUAGGGCAAGUUCGCCUUGCCUAAGAUGGAUGCAGUUUGGUCUGUGUCGUUUGGAAUGGCUGUUGAGUUUGGCCGAGGCACAAGAAGCUCGGGCGGAAGUGACUUGGACUUUUUCCAAAGUGAAUUGAGUUUUGGGCUACCUGUCCAAUCGAAGGCUUAGAUCAUGUAUUUUUCAACCUACCAAGAUGACACUAAAUUUUAGUGCUGCUUGUCGCUAAUUGUGAGUGUUUAUUACUAGUUUUGAUUUUAUUGGAAAAGUUUCACCAGGUGUAAAUUCAGGUUGUUCGAUUACUGCAUUGAUCAAUCGGGUUUGUGGAUCACAACUAUAAGCCAAAUCAUCUAAAAUUGUAUAUGUUGCUGGUUCUUGCAUGAAUGGCUUGUACAUUGACAAUGUUUUCAGAUACCAUUGCUGAUAACUUGACACCAGAUUUACAGAGAGUUUAUUCUCACUUUAGGCAUGGCAUUAGAUAACUCAGGGUGAUGCUUCAGUACUUUUGUUAAGUCAAAAGAUCUUAAUUGUAGCUUGGCUGUAUCGCGCUUCUCUGAGGAUGUGGAAUUAAUUCUUAUUUUAUUUAUGCACGCCAUCAUAUUUUCUUCGUAGGACAUAGUCCCAUGACUUUAUUGUUGUGAUAUGAUUAAGUUAAAGAUCUAUUCCCUUCUCUGUGUUCUUAAAUUCUUGCUAAUCUUAUGUCACCCAUAUAGUUUCAAAAGGAAAGAUAUCCAGUGUGUGCGUGCAUGCACGUCACAUAUGUAAACUGUGCCUUCUUCAUUUGAUUCCUACUGAAUCUUCUGCUUGUUCUAUAAAAAUAGUUCUCAGUGUCUGUUAGCUCAUGGUAUCAGCAAUGCUGAAAUCUUUGAUUUCUUCACUAUUCUGAAACAUGAAUCUUGAUGCCAUUGUCGCACUUAACAGAGCUAAACAUAUGGCAUCAGAUGACUACGAGGAGGACCGUGAAAUUUUUACGCUGCUAAAUGAACCUGAUGAAUCUCGGGAGAAUUCAUUUGAGCUCAAUGAUGAUUUUACCUUUAAGCUACCCAAGAUGAUCCAAUCGGAUGAGAAGAAUGCUGUGCUCACACCAGAAGAGGUAGCAUGGGUGGAUUCCUGCUUUGCAUUUGGUCCAGAACUAUCUGACGAUAAGUGGACCGCAAUGAAAGAUGCCUUCCUUGAUGCUCUCGACAUGUACCCUACCCCAUCUGGUGCGAUGGAGAACGACGAUGACUGGGUUUUUGUUGAAGCAAGCAAUGUAACAGAACUUGACAAUGCCAUGAAUCAUGACUCACCUGAGAUGCUAAAGGAACCUGCCAUCUUGACCCGUCAAGAAGACACGAGCCCAUGCGAUAGUAUCAUCAGAGUGUGUGAUGGUCUUGCCAUAGAGCAUCGGCUAUCCGGUGAGACAGAAAUAUCUGCUGAGCAUGUUUCACUCGCUGGAGUAGCUACUGAAUCCCGUGCAGAUUUAUGCAAGGUUUGGGACCUUGAAACUUUGGUAGAAGAAGAUGAGGAAGAUGAACUUAUAGCAAAAAUAAACAAGCUUUUCCAAAGCAGAAGUCAGUCACAACUACUGAUGAAGCACAGCUCGCUUCCCAGCGUGCAAAAUGUCGAUGAACUUGUCGCAGGUUUGACCGACAUGUCUCUGACACCUCUCGAGAAGUAAGUGCCGAUAGCCAUUUUUAGCUGUUGCAACGUCUUCAAAAGUAGGCAAGACAUUGGGGUUUAGUCCUAGUUAUCCAAGCAACUCAUCUAUCUCUAUGUUGAUUGUUACCUUCGAUCAAGUCAGUCAUCUCUGUUGAGUUUGACUCAAAAUAACUAACCAUUUGUGUUGUCAAGCAUUGAAUA